UUUUGGCGAUUGCUUUCUUCUUCCUCCUCUCAGAUGGUUAGGGGAGGGAAGGUCAGCUCCAAGCGUAAAUUUAGGAAAUGGGAUAGGUAUAAUGAUAAAGCUUCUGAUGAUUCAGACGAAGAUUAUGUAGUCUCUGAUGAAGAGAAUGAGGUCUCUGAUUACUCGGACGAGGAUUAUUGUUCUUCUGUAGAUGGACAUGCAUCAGAAGAGAGUUUUGGUAGUUUUGUUGAGGAAGAGGAAGAGGAGGAGGAGGAGGAGGGGACAAGGAAAAGGGUGAAGAAGGUCGGUAGAUCAAAACCCAAAAAGCGCGCGAGAAGGUUUAUUGUGGAAGAAGAGGAUGAGGAUGAGCAGGAGGAGGAGGAAGAAGUGGGGGAUGAGGAUCGGGAUGAAGAUGAAGAAAUGAAUGAGGUCAAGACGACAGCUAGAUCAAAAGUGCAGAGCGGUUUUUCAAGACCACAAAAGAAUGGGGUUAAACCAUCACAAAAGAGAAGAGUAACGUACAAAGAAGACGAAGUUGAUGAUGAUGAUGAUGAGCUCACGCCAAAUAAUGAUGAAGAAGAUGAAGAAAUGAAUGAGGUCAAGACGACAGCUAGAUCAAAAGUGCAAAGGGCUUUUUCAAGACCACAAAAGAAUGGGGUUAAACCAUCACAAAAGAGAAGAGUAACGUACAAAGAAGACGAAGUUGAUGAUGAUGAUGAUGAUGAUGAGUUCACGCCAAAUAAUGGUGAAGAAGAUGAAGAAGAUGAUGUUGAAGAUGGAGAAAUGAAUGAGGUCAAGACGACAGCUAGAUCAAAAGGGCAGAUGGGUUUUUCAAGACCACAAAAGAAUGGGGUUAAACCAUCACAAAAGAGAAGAAUCAUGUUCAAAGAAGACGAAGUUGAUGAUGAUGAUGAUGAGUUCACGCCAAAUAAUGAUGAAGAAGGUGAAGAAGAUGAGGUUGAAGAUGAAGAAAUGAAUGAAGUCAAGACGACAGCUAGAUCAAAAGUGCAGAGGGGUUUUUCAAGACCACAAAAGAAUGGGGUUAAACCAUCACAAAAGAGAAGAAUCACGUUCAAAGAAGACGAAGUUGAUGAUGAUGAUGAUGAGUUCACGCCAAAUAAUGAUGAAGAAGAUGAGGUUGAAGAUGAAGAAAUGAAUGAGGUCAAGACGACAGCUAGAUCAAAAGUGCAGAGGGGUUUUUCAAGACCACAAAAGAAUGGGGUUAAACCAUCACAAAAGAGAAGAGUCACGUACAAAGAAGACGAAGUUGAUGAUGAUGACGAUGAGUUCACGCCAAAUAAUGAUGAAGAUGAAGAAGAUGAGGUUGAAGAUGAAGAAAUGAAUGAGGUGAAGAUGACAGCUAGAUCAAAAGUGCAGAUGGGUUUUUCAAGACCACAAAAGAAUGGGGUUAAACCAUCACAAAAGAGAAGAAUCACGUUCAAAGAAGACGAAGUUGAUGAUGAUGAUGAUGAGUUCACGCCAAAUAAUGAUGAAGAAGAUGAGGUUGAAGAUGAAGAAAUGAAUGAAGUCAAGACGACAGCUAGAUCAAAAGUGCAGAGGGGUUUUUCAAGACCACAAAAGAAUGGGGUUAAACCAUCACAAAAGAGAAGAGUCACAUACAAAGAAGACGAAGUUGAUGGUGAUGAUGAUGAGUUCACGCCAAACAAUGAUGAAGAAGAUGAGGUUGAAGAUGAAGAAAUGAAUGAGGUCAAGACGACAGCUAGAUCAAAAGUGCAGAGGGGUUUUUCAAGACCACAAAAGAAUGGGGUUAAACCAUCACAAAAGAGAAGAGUCACGUACAAAGAAGACGGAGUUGAUGAUGAGGAUGAUGAUGAGUUCACGCCAAAUAAUGAUGAAGAAGAUGAGGAAUUCACACCAGAUGAUGAUGAUUGUUCGGAUGAAGAAGAAUCAAGGGCGAAAAAGAAGAAAAACAAUGCGAAAGCAGGCAAGCGGGUUUUGCAGAAAAAGGGUCCUGCAGGAGGCCGUAAAAGGAGAAGGAAAUCUAUGGCUUCAAAGAAGCCUUUAAGAAAGACACGUGGAUUCAGAAGGAAAGUAAGGUCUGAUGGUGAUGAUGAUGGUGAUUUCAUGGAUAAUGGCUUGGCUUUGAGAGACAAAGGUGAGAUGAGAAGGGCUUGGAAAAGGAGGCUGUAUACUGUGCCCUCAGAUUCAGAUUUUGCCUCGGCUGGAUCUUCUGAGUACAAGUACACCAUAUCCGAGGAAGAGAGAGAGCAAGUGAGAGAAGCUAGGGAGUACUGUGGAAAGUUGAAAACUAAUUUGAGAAGUUCAUCAGCGUCUAAUAAAAUUCAGGAGGAUGUGGUUUUGCAGCCAGGAAGAAAACCUACGGGGAGGAAGGGUAAGGAGAAGGUAGAGGAGGUAAAAGCUGAGGUUGUAAGGCAGGUCUGCGGGAUUUGUCUUUCUGAGGAAGAUAAAAGAAAAGUGAGGGGAACACUGAAUUGCUGCACUCAUUAUUUCUGUUUUCCCUGCAUCAUGGAAUGGGCAAAAGUGGAAUCACGUUGUCCUCUGUGCAAGCAGAGGUUUAACACAAUUAGUAAAACUGCAAGAAAUACAGCAGGAAUUGAUUUGAGGGAGAUGGCGAUACAAGUCCCUGAGCGUGAUCAGGUAUAUCAGCCAUCAGAGGAAGAACUCAGGAGCUAUAUUGAUCCUUAUGAGAACGUGAUUUGUACAGAAUGCCAUGAAGGUGGGGAUGAUGGCCUCAUGUUACUAUGCGAUCUUUGUGAUUCGCCCGCGCACACCUAUUGUGUUGGCCUUGGGCGAGAAGUACCUGAAGGUAAUUGGUAUUGUGACGGUUGUAGACCUGUUGCUACUGGAUCCUCAAGUUCCCCUGCUCAGACUCGUUUGUCUGACCAGAGAACAACAAGCAGCACCGUGUCUGAUAGAGCAUCAACCGUCACUAACUAUUUCAUUGAAGGUUUAGACCUUAAUUCAGUUUAUUCACAAGGAUUUGGGAGUCUUUCAUCUCCGAGGUAUCAUUUUGGAGGUUUUCAAGUGACCUCACCAUUACCUGGAGCCGGGGCACCAACACUAUUCGGGAGAAGGUUAAUACACCGCCAUAUCCAACAGCUCCUUUCUGUAAAUAGAAUGGGUCAUAUGGCUGACAGACAUGAGGGAAACUCAGGUGCUAAUUUGAUUAGUGAUCUGAAUUCUCCACUUGAUCAGGGGAGGGAAACACCACGUCAACGUGCAAGUACACAAGAAAUGGGAGUAGUUCAUGCUUUCUUUCGGGAAAGAUUACGUGAAAAUCUCUCAACACCAGUGCAAGAUACCGAUUUGUUUUCUCCAAGAAUAAGCCAAGUGAGAAGGCAAAUGGGGGGGCAGGAUCCGCUUACUGCCUCUGCUGGUGGACCUUCCAAUGGUUCACUAUGGCCUGGACUUGUAGAGAGGAGUUCACCAUUGAAUUUUGAGCAGCAGUUGUGUCAGUGCAACGGUGGACCAAACAAUGGCCGUGACAGGGGUGAGACUGAUUUACACACUGCAAAGGAAGAACUGCAUUCGAUGAUCAAACUCCAUUUGAAGAACUUGUUGCGAGACAGUAAUUUAGCCCAAAGUACAUUGAUGGACAUUGCUAGGAGCUCAACGCACACAAUUUUAGCAGCAUGCGAGCUUGAGCACAAAAGCAACGAGGUUGUGGCAGUGCCCGUGCCCCCACCACCCAUCUGCGGCCACAUUGAAUUACUGGGGGGUAGCAAAGCAAGUCUAAUGAGAGGCCGCUGCUCGUCGUGUUUCGAUUCUUUUGUAGGGGAGGUAGUGAAGAAGAUCCUGGACACAAAAUUGUCAGAACGAUGGUUGAGUUUAGGUCUUUAGGAAUUGAUGCAUAAGGUGUCUUAUUUGGACACCUCUUUUUGUUAGGGUUUUAGACAAGAAUUUCAUUAACUUGUUUAUAGAAGUGGUUCCACUGA